AUGGCAGACCUACAGACGUCAAUAAAGGAGAAAAAUGUGUCUGGGAUUGUGCUGUACGAUGUGUGUGCUCGGUAUAAUACGUGGUUUGAAGGAACAGAGGGUAUUGACUUGAGUGCCUUUUCUGACUUUAUAGACAUUGACAGUAUAUCAAUACCUAAUGAAUGUUUGUAUCAGAGCAUACUCAAAUUGUGGACUGUUAAUGGAAUCGUCAAAGAAAAUCUGGUAAAUGAGACUCAGGAAAUGAUUAAUAAAAAAGUUUCCACUGCAUUAAUGGUCAGUUCUGAUGUGAAUAUACUGGAUGACAUCACUUCUCUCUUAGCUGGAGUGGAGUGGAAUCUUAACAAGACUGAAGUAUUGGGAGCGAGAGCUACUAUCAUCAUUUGGAUGCUUGACAAGUCUCAUAGCUCCUCUGCUGAGUGGGAAUUGGGAUUUAUUGAAGAAGCACUAUUCUCAAACAGGACACUUCCUCCUCGUACAAAUAUCUAUGCAAUUUCAACACGAAGCUAUGAUGACUUCAUCCGUGAAGUUGUAGAGAACAACACAACACUGUUGUUUGCUGGAUUUUCACUCAUUAUACUGUAUGUUAUUCUGAUGAUGAGCAAGUACCACCCCAUUGAACAGAGGGUCUAUUUGUCACUGUUGGGAGUCUCCAUUAUUGGGCAAUCAAUUCUUGCUUCCUAUGGCCUGUGUUUCUACAUGGGCUUCUUCUGGGGGCCCCUACAUCCAGUUUUGCCAUUUCUGCUCCUUGGUAUUGGAGUUGACAAUAUUUUUGUAAUUAUGCAGAGUCUUGAUAAUGUCAACGAGGGAAGAAAAGACAUGAAUGUUCCAGAAAAAAUAGGUCUGACCUUGAAAAAAUGUGGAAUUUCUGUUACUGUAACUAUCCUAACAGAUGUAAUAGCAUUUGCUGUUGGAACAUCAACUAAAAUGCCUUUCCUGAGGUCAUUCUGUGUUUUUGCUGCUGUUGGUAUAGCAUGUGUAUAUGUUUAUGUAAUGGUAUUUUUUGUAAGUUGUUUAUCUAUUGAUGAAAGAAGAGUUAUGGCAAGACGAGAAGGAUGCUUCUUUAGAAAACACGAUGAAAAUAAAAAUGUCACCUGUAGAAGAGAUAGCAUUCAGCAAAGAAUAUUUGCUAAUUAUUUUGCACCAUACUUGGUUAAAUGGCCAGUGAAGGUUGUUGUUCUACUUACAACUGUUGUACUGCUUGGUAUUAAUAUUGUGGGAGUCCUACGUGUGGAGAGAAAGUUUGAUCCCAUGUGGUAUCUGAAUCAGGGCUCCUAUCCAAUAAAAUUCAAUGAAAAAUUAGUUGAGUAUUUUCCCUUCUAUGGAAAGAGGGGAGGCAUAUACAUGCGUGGAAUAGAUUACUACUAUAACUAUUAUCAGGCAAACAAUAAUGCUCUUGAAUUUCUUAUAUCAAAGCUGGCAGAAAAUCCUUACAUUAGCCAGGGAUCACAAAAAAUAUGGUUUAAGGACUUCCAAAACUAUCUUGAAAGCCAAGAAUAUGAUGCUGAGGAUUCAAUUGAAUAUAACAAUUAUCUAACUGAAUUUCUGCUGCUAACCAAUAACGGACAAAGUUUCAUUAAGGAUCUCAAAUUUGAUGGUUUUCCCCUUGAAGGUUACAACAUCACAGCAUCGCAAAUACCCUUUCAAUACAUCAUGCUGAACAGUACUGCAGAACAAAUAAAAGCCAUGCAAUCAAUUGAAGAGCUGGUUGCUUCACUGAAUAUCACUGAGGAAGAAGAAACAAUAUUCACAUAUUCUGCCGAUUAUGUUUCAUGGACAGCAAACAAGAUUGUCGGCGAGGAGCUGUUUCGGAAUUUGGCAAUCACGUGUGCUGCUGUCUUUGCUGUAACACUGUGCUUGAUUAAGGGCCCAAGAGCUGUAGUAUUGGUCAAUUUAUGUGUGAUACUUACUGUAACUGACCUCAUUGGGUCAAUGUACUGGUCAGGACUAACAAUUGAAAUUUCUUCAUCUCUGAUGAUUCUCUUGUGUGCAGGACUGACAGUUGAUUAUGCUGCCCAUGUUGGACAUGAAUAUGUACAUGCAAAGGGAACAAGAAAUGAAAGGGCUGUAGAGUGUAUUAGACGUAUUGGACCAGCAGUUUUCAAUGGUGGAUUCAGUACAUUCCUUGCAUUUUCAUUGCUGGGAAUUAGUGACUCUUACCUCUUCACAACAUUUUUUAAGUUGUUUGCUGGUGUUGUUGCAUAUGGAUUGUUUCAUGGCCUGAUUUUCCUGCCUGUUAUUCUGAGUAUUUGUGGUCCACAAGACAAAAAAAGUACCAAGCUACAGGCAGAUGCAACAAAUGGAAUUAAUCGUUUCGCAAAACUUCUGACUGCAGAUAAAAGUGAAGUUGAUUCUACAUUUGUUGACUUAAUACAGAAGUAACUGUGCAAAAGUGAUUCUACAUUUUGGACAUAAUAUAGAUGUAACUUCCCAAAAAGUGUAGUGCUUUCAAGUACUACAUUCCAGAAGAUUUGAGUACAAAUGUGGGAGUAACACGUAGUCAGUGUGUGUUUAUAUAUCUCCCAGAUCUUGCUCCUCAAGUGUGAACUGUGCAUUGGGUUUAACUGGUGUUAUAAAAUUUUACUUAGGCAUGUGCAAAGCAGGUUUGAUCAUCAUCUGCUGUUUUUAUAUAAGUGAAUGAAAGAUUGUUAUGCCAUGUGAGUAGUCAAUCAUGAGAAAAAUCAACAGAUAAAGGAAUUAUGUGAAUCAAAAUUAUAAUUUCAUUUAAUAUGUUUGGUGAAUGGUUUCAUAAAAAAAGAAAAUGGAAGAUGAAAACAAGACACCUUCCUUCGCCAUCAAACUGAUCACUAUUCACUACAGAGUUCUUUUAGCAAUGCUUAUACAGUUUCUGUGCAAUUCUUCCAUUUUUGUGAGCUGUAGACUGCAUCGUGUUGUAAAAUGUAUGCACACUUCAUCCACUACUGCAGGAGGCCUUCAUCAAACUACGCAAGUCCACUUGAAACUGUCAGUGAAGACUUCUUUUGGACUCUAUGGAAGCACUGAUGCCAUAGUCUUUGAUAUCUGCUAAUGUGUGAAGCAGACAACUGUAUAUUAUUACCAUGGUGAUUGACUACCCUAUACAAGAGAAACUGGUAACAUGAUGCGACAUUCCUACAAUGAUGAUUUGCUAAAAACUUACCAAGCAAGUGAAAUGUGCCAAUGAAAUCUCCAGCAACUUAUAUUUUUAUUGUUUUCUGUUUAUUAGUCAAUUUAUGUAUCAGAAAUAGGGAUCCAAUUUUGUACUUCCUCAGAUCUUUGUAAAUGAUGCCAUUAAUGUUAUGCUUGCCAUUCUUCAAUUCCUCCAAUAUAAAUCUCAGACAAUAGUUGGGCCAGAAUCUGUUGCACUUUUUCCUACAUUAUUUUUCCUUGCACUUGUUGAUUGCAAAUCCAAAUGUGGCAUAUCAUUAAUAGUUUCACUUUUAUCCAGAAAGUAUCUGAAUCAUCUCUAAACUCAAAUUUUGAUCAAAACUUCUGGUCUGUACAUUUUUGCGAAUAUUCCAAUAUUGUCUCUGUCUUGGUUGCUGUUUUCCUCAGUUAUGUAACCAAACUUGAUGUGUGUGUGUAUUGCUUAAUUACACUAUAUUGCCGACCCUCAUAGUAUGUUUAACUGACUUCAAAAGGCAAACAUGUUCUUCACGGAAAUGAUUUGGUCAAAUGUGUUGUUUCUUGACAAAUCUUUUCACGUAAGUGCACGUAAGUGCUUUUUUUGACACAAAAUACCAUCAAGAUAUCAAUCAAUUCCCUGGAUAUUUUAGGUACAGCUUGUACCUUUUACAACAGAGAAUAUACAUCACAAUACUGGGUUGACAAAUGACUUAUUAGCAAUAAAUACAACAUGUCGGCUUUUAUUUCAAGUUGGCCAAUCAUUUAUGCUCUAAAACAAGACAUGCAAGUAUCUGUCAAGCUUAACAGUUAAUUUGUGUGAAAUAUAUUUCUGUAUGCUCAGAACAAAUGUUAUUGAUAGUUACCUAUACAACAACUUCCAAAGAAUGUUGCUGUUUCUACUGUUUUCCAUUAGAAAAGAGAGAAUACUUUUCAAACACUACUACUUUUCAGAAUAUGUAAUUACAUUGGCAAUAUUUUAACAAAUUGGUCUUGUUUGACUAAUUAUUUCAUUCAUGUGGAAUUAAGCAAGUUUCUAAUUCUCCCUGAAUUUACUUUAGCCAGUGACAGCUCAUCUUCUGCCCACAAUGUGUGUUCCACACCCUUGUGCCAAUACUACCUGACUCUUGGUUGCUCUUUUCUCCAAUUUUGUAACAAAACUUAAUGUUUGUGGAUUCCUCAAUCACACAUCCACUGUUUUGUGGAACUACGGACUUAUUGUUAAGAACCUAGUGCCCUAAAUAACAUGUAAAUCAACAUGCAAGCAAAACACAGGGGACUUUUUAACUUGACAAAAAAAUUGAUUCUCAUACCAAUUAUUGUUUAAAACAUUAUCACUUUACAUACUGAUUUCUUUUUUGGUAUCUGCAAAAAUUCUUAAAUCUAUGAAUUCCCUGUUGUCUGGAGAAAACAAGACUGACAUACGCCAUUGUUAGGACAACAUUCUGUAAGAAAAGGACAGACACUGUUUUUUUGGUUACAGUCUAGUUAUGGAAUUUUGACAAAUCAUUUCCAAGAACAUUACAUGUAGGAAAGACAGUUGCAGACUCUCAUUAUUGCUAAAUGAUCUAUAAAAAAACUAUCAUAAAAUGUGAUACUUGUCAAUAAUCGUGAAAAAUUCUAUUACAAAAUGAUAACAAUAGCAUACAAGAGUGAUGUAACAAAAUCAUUUCAAGUUCUUAGCAGUGUACUUGAAUGCAACAUUUAUCCCUUUAAUAUUAAAAGACUGUCAAUUAAGUAGUGUUCAUUGCUUUAUUUUUGGGUAUCGUUGUGGUGCAUUUAGUGUAUCCAUUGCAGAACACAACAUUCACAAAUAUUUAUGGUUGUGACUCUCUUGCUGCAAUACGCAACAAUUUUUUCGUCCUGUCCAUUAGCUGUCUUGAAACUCAUGGAAUUACUGGUCUCCUAUUAAAUUCCAGACAAAUUACAGCAUUUGCACAUGCCUUUGUAUUGCAUGAUAAUAAAGUAGUUACAAGAGGUACAUGUGACAUACGAUUUUCCACUUGUGCAUGUAACUGAUUGUUUAAUUUGUCUUACAACAUAUUGUAAAUUAAGAAUAAUUAUUGUAUAGUAAUUCCUUCAAGUUUUGAGACAGAAGUACACUCUAAAGUGGAAUUUACACUGUGAUUCUUGUAUAUUUUUUGAAGUUAGUUAGUAAUAUAAAAGCAAAGUGAAGAAUUCCUUGCAUAUAUAUACAUAUAUAAAACAUAUAUAUUUUCUGUGUGUUUUUAUUGGAAUUUGAAUGGUUAUUUUUUGAAAUAUGUCAGUGCAUCUGGUGCUCAUUGACAUAUUCACUUUCUUGAAAAAAAAAAAAAAAUCAUCACUACAAAACAAUAUACCUUCAAUAUUUGGUAUAUGACUACUAUUUGUGUUCACAUCUUUCCUUAUAAGCACAAAUUUAUCACACCUAAUUUACAAAUUUGUCUGUAAAUGAAAUGAUUCAUAAUUGUUUCCUUUAAGUUCAUGUUGUGAGUUUGGUUGAGUUUUUCCCAUUUUACUUUACAUAGGAUUAAAAUUUAUUACAUUUUAUGUUCCAUCAAUUUUUACGUAACAUGGUAGACUUGUUACAAACAGGGAAGCUACACAGAUAUUUGUUGAAUUUUAAAGCUUCCAAUACUUGCACUUUUUUCUUUUUUUUUCGUAGACUGUUCACUUUCAGUUCUUGAAUUUCCAUAUUUCAAGCAAGUGAAGCCCUACAAGACUGAUCAUAAAGUAUAGAGUCACAUAUACAUAGUCUAUGUUGAUAUUAUAUGCCAUGCAGAGCUGUUUCUGUUUGUUGUUCAAGAAGUCCAAUUUAUUUCACUCCAUGCACUAUUGUAUCUACGUGCAAUUUUUGUACACUUUUUUAAGUAAAAAAAAAAAGAAAA